GGUACUGAUUCGCAGAACCACUGUAAGAUCGAUCCAAGUCGAUUUCAAGUUGAACGCGUCUAUUUCGAUAAAUGAAAAUUAACCAUUUGGAAAAUAAUCACGAGUGUGUCGCCCGAUUCGUCGACGUAACUGCAUCGCACGUAGGGAAGAAGAAAACACGGGAAAGAAGGAAGAGGAAAGGGGGAAGAGAAGAAGGAGAAAAGGAGAAAAGGAGAAAAGGAGAAAAGGAGAAAAGGAGAAAGGGAGAAAGUAAAAAUGAAUCGCGACAUCGUGAAACGCAACCGAAUAAAACUCGACACGUUGUUGAUAUUGUGUUGCGUUUUAACGGUGACGCACUGCCUCGCAGAACCACCGCGUUGCGUAUGGUACGGAGAUUGUUCGGAAAAUGAUAGCGGAAAUCGUGUAACAUGCGUAUCGAACGAUUCACCUCGACAAAUUGACGACGCGGUAGUUGCGAAGCGUCUUAGCGAGAAAUGUCCACAGUACUUUGAUAAUAGCACCGAUACGCCAAAAUUAUGUUGCGACAGUGGGAAUAUUGAAACACUGCUCGGCCAAAUAAACAUGAUUGAGAGUAUAUUCGGCAGGUGUCCGACAUGUGUAAGAAAUGCAUUGCUAUUGAUAUGUGAUUUGACCUGCAGUCCUGAACAAAGUCGAUUUUUACGAGUAACUCAGACUCGAAACAAUUCGAAAGGCACAUACGUGUCAGAAAUAGAGGCAUAUGUCGCAGAGGAGUACAUGAGUGAUACUUUCGAUUCUUGUAAGAACAUCGUUCACCCGGCAAGUGGAAAUUUAGCUAUGGACUUGGCAUGCGGAGUUCACGGUGCUGGUAGAUGCACAGCAGAGAAGUGGUACGAAUAUCAGGGUAAUCCGGAUGAAAACGAUUUCAUAGCUUUCCGAUUACAUUUUAUUCCUAACAACACUUUUUGGAAUAAGUCAGCGAAAAAAUGCAGCGAAAGAUACAAUAGUUUAUCAGCGUGCAGCUGUACCGACUGUCCGUCGGGUUGCAAUUACGAAAUAAACCUCGAACCUUCAGAUUUUCUAAUUUUCGGGCACGACGGUUACGGAGUGAUAGCAGCAAUCUUCAGUGUCGUGUUCGUUUCGGCAGCUGUAAUCGCUUAUAAACUUUUCAGAAGAUUUCAACGAUCAGAUGGUACGUUUGAGAUCGAGGAGACAGACUCGGAGAUCACCGAUAAAUCGGGAGGGAUAUGUCGCGGAAAUUUUCAGAAGGUCUUUCGAAAGCUGUUUGCUGUUUCCGGCGAAUUGUUCGCAAAGUACCCGAUGAUUACGCUUUUCGCUUGUUCGUACGUAAUAUUGGGGCUGAGCUACGGAAUUACGCAACUGAACAUCAUCAGCGAUCCCAUAGAAAUUUGGGCUGCAGAUACCAGUAGAUCGAGAAUCGAGAAGGAUUAUUUCGAUUCUCGGUUCCAACCGUUCUAUAGAACGGAGCAAGUUUACAUCAAGUCGAAAGGACUCGGCAAGGUGCUGCACAACACAUCGAACGAUGUCCUCGAAUUCGGUCCCGUCUUCAACCGGACAUUUUUGCUCACUGUAUACGAUCUACAGAAGAAAAUACUCGACCUUGGUCAAGAUGAAGGGGAAGGUUUGGAACGAAUUUGUUACGCACCGAUACAAAAUGAUUUCACCGGGCCCACUACUUUAAAUCACUGCACGGUACAAAGCGUUUGGGGAUAUUUUCAAAACAGCCUCGAGAAAUUUAAUGGAACGUACGAACGAAAUUAUUUGGACCAUUUGUACCAGUGUGCACAAAACGCGUUCGAUCCCGGGUGUACGGCGCCGUACAAAGGACCGGUACUGCCAGCCAUAGCUUACGGGGGAUUUCUACGCGAGAACGAAUUCAACUACAAUGCGACAGAUUAUAUCAACGCGACAGGACUAAUUCUAUCGUUUCUGGUGAAAAAUUCGCUAAACGAGUCUGUACUGGAAGAGACGCGCAAAUGGGAGCAGAGGUUCAUAGAUUUUAUGAGAGAAUGGGAUGCUACGGACCGACCAGACUUUAUGGAGGUGGCAUACACAACCGAGAAAUCGAUUCAAGAUGAAUUAGAACGGUCGUCGAAAGCAGAGGUUUUGACGGCAGUGUACAGUUACACGCUCAUGUUCGUUUACGUAGCGUUUGCCUUGGGGAGAAUAAAAUGUUCUUUCAAGAAUUAUCUUAUAAAUAGUAAAAUAAUGCUCAGUAUCGGCGGAAUCGUAAUAGUAAUGGCGUCCGUAGCUUGUUCUCUUGGUUUGUUCGGUUAUAUCGGAGUACCAACGGCGUUGCUCACGAUAGAGGUGAUUCCAUUCUUGGUGUUGGCCGUAGGUGUGGACAAUAUUUUUAUUUUGGUUCACACGCACGAAAGGAUGCCGAAGCGCGCCGAGGAAUCUAUACCGCAACACAUAGGGAAAGUUUUGGCUGAAGUGGGUCCGUCAAUGUUACUUACCAGUACAUCCGAGUGCUUCUGCUUUUUAAUCGGGACACUCUCCUCUAUGCCAGCCGUGAAUACUUUUGCACUUUACGCGUCGGUGUCUAUUCUGAUCAAUUUUCUGUUGCAAAUGACGGCGUUCGUCAGUCUUCUAUCGUUGGAUGCUCACAGAUCUCAGAACAACUACUUGGACGUACUUUGUUGUAUAAAGACGAAAGGAGAGAGAAACUGCAAAGUCGAUGAAAACUUCAGCCUGAUUCAAACGAUCUUUAAACGAGUUUAUUCGCCUUUCAUCAUGAAAACGCCGAUUCGAAUAAUCGUGUUAAUCGUAUUCUUCGGCAUGUUGUUAACCCAUGCUAUAGUAUUGCCGCAAAUCAGUAUCGGUUUGGAACAAAAGCUUUCGAUGCCCGCAGAUUCGUACGUUUUAAAGUACUUUCAGUACAUGGACGAUCUUUUGUCAAUGGGACCACCGGUUUACUUUGUACUCACUCCUGGACUGAAUUACAGUAACACGAGUGUUCAGAAUAUCAUUUGUGGAGGUCAAGGAUGCACUGAUGAUUCUUUGUAUGCGCAGAUAUACUCGGCAGCUAAACGACCUGCAGAGUCUCAUUUAUCCAAAGCAGCCUCAUCCUGGAUAGACGAUUACAUCGACUGGUCGGUUAAUGCAGGAUGUUGCAAGUACUUUCCGAAUAAUCAGUCCUUUUGUCCACACGACGACAGCAAGUGUUUGCCUUGCCCAAUCGAAAAAGAUAAUGCUCGACCGCUGGCGAGCAGUUUUCGAAAAUAUAUACCUUAUUUCCUACAAGACAUACCGGACGCCAUGUGCUCAAAAUCUGGCCGACCUUCCUAUCUCGACGGAAUGAACUAUUAUCUUGACGAGCACGGAUUAACAAAUGUCGGCGAUAGUUACUUCAUGGGUUAUCACACACCGUUAAAGAAGUCCUCGGAUUGGUACGAAGCCCUGAAAUCUGCUAGAUUAAUAGCUAAACAAAUCACAACAAUGAUAAAUAACAAAGGUCUUGCGCAGCAGGAGAUAACUGUCUUUCCAUACAGUGUAUUCUACGUUUAUUACGAACAGUACCUUACUAUUUGGAAAGAAGCUAUAUCAUCGUUGGGCUUCUCGCUCUGUGUGAUAUUUUUGGUCACGGCGCUUUUGACAGGAUUCUCUUUGUUUUCUGCAGUAAUGGUGGUAUUGACCGUACUCAUGAUUAUCGUAAAUAUAGCUGGCCUGAUGUAUUGGUGGCAUAUCGAAUUGAAUGCAGUAUCUCUGGUUAACUUGAUAAUGGCUGUCGGUAUUUCCGUUGAAUUCUGCAGUCACAUUAUUCACUCCUAUUUGAAUUCGACGGCAACGACAAGCGUCGAUCGAGCUACAGAAACGCUUAACGAGAUCGGAAGUUCUGUCUUCUCUGGCAUUACUUUGACCAAGAUUAUCGGAAUCGUUGUAUUGGCAUUUUCCAAGACACAAAUUAUUCAAGUGUUUUAUUUUCGAAUGUACUUGGGAAUAGUAUUAUUCGGUGCUGCGCAUGGCCUCAUAUUUUUACCCGUAUUACUAAGCCUCGUAGGACCCUCAAGAUCUUCCGGACACGUACGUAACCAACGAAAAAUCCAACCUUAUCAUUAACAUAAGCAUUAACCUUACCAUUGCCAUUACCAUUAUCAUUACCACUGCCAUUACCAUCACCAUUACCAUUAUUAAUUGUAUUCUGACAUAGAGCAUAAAAAUAUGGAUUUGUGUUAAUAAUCAUAUAAUGUUCUCAGACCAGUCCGUUUUCUAUUUAAAAUAAAUAUUAAAUUUAAACUUGGAAAAAUGUACAUGCAAAUACUAAAAUAAAAUAAAAUAA